AUGACGACAACACAAGGCCAGGAAUCCAUCCAGUUUGAACUGUGGACAGAGCCUGACUUAAACAAAAGCCAUGGGCUACUUUUUAAGCACCUCUGGAACAACCAUGAUCUCAGUGAUGUGAAGAUCGUGUGCCAUGAGAGGUGCUGGCACGUCCACACCAGCAUCCUCGGAGCGCAGUCACAGUUCUUCUUGAAAGCAUUCACGGGAAACUUCAAGGAGGCGACCGAACGCGUCCUUGACCUUAGCGAAGAAGAGCCCAGUAUCGUUGAAAAGGCUCUGGAAUACGCAUAUAGUGGCGGCUUCUCGGUGGAAAUAUUAGUGCCCACAACAAAAACAAACGACGUAGUUAGCAGUGCCGAUACGGUAGGUACUGUACCACACGACGGCCCAUUUGUGACUCUAGUCAAGCUGUACAAGCUAGCAGACUUCCUUGUCAUGAAAGGGCUCAAGGAGCUUAUCAAGAAGAGCUUCCAUACCGUGGCCAAAUACUGGAAGGGCAGCCUCGCCCGGAGCGAAGCCAUGGGCCAACCUUUGUUCCAGGACGUUCUUCCGGCGGAUUUCGGACAUGCAGUACAACUCAUCUACGAAGGGGAGUAUGGGGACGCCGAAGCCCUCCGAGAAUGCGCGUUACAGGUCGCCCUGUGCCUGUUCAAGUUGAUCGCAGAAAACGACCGCGCGACGGCGUCAAUCGUAGCGGCGAAUACCGGGUUGGCGACGGAUAUGCUGUUGGAGCUGAUUUUUCAGCAGAAGUCCCGCGAUGAGGGGAGGGAUGAUGGCUGGAGUCGUGAUAACUGGAGAGGGGAGUAUUGGAGGGGGGAUACCAAGAGGGGCAGUAGCACGAGUCUGAUGACCUCAUUCAAGUUUGGAAAUACUGCGAAUAUGAGCCUCAAAGAGGCGCGUGAUCAGGGGCUGGAGAGUCGGGAAGCCAGAAAAGUACGACUUGUCGAAUGA